CAGGCGCCGUGGCCGUUUCCGGGAUCUGUCAGCCGCUCCCUGCGGGCCUCAGUCCUCCGCCCGCGCCCGCCGGAGCCAGUUCGCGUCGACUGACCAGAGUCCGCGAAUCCUCCGCUCCGACCCCGCCCGGACCGCGCCGACCCCAGCCUUUCAUCCUUUGAGAACACUAAGAAUAAUGUCCCUGCAUCAGUUUUUACUAGAGCCAAUCACCUGUCACGCCUGGAACAGGGAUCGUACCCAGAUUGCCCUGAGCCCCAACAAUCAUGAGGUGCACAUCUAUAAGAAGAAUGGGAGCCAGUGGGUGAGAGCUCACGAGCUCAAAGAGCACAACGGCCACAUCACAGGUAUCGACUGGGCACCCAAGAGUGACCGCAUUGUUACUUGCGGGGCUGACCGCAAUGCCUACGUCUGGAGCCAGAAAGACGGUGUCUGGAAGCCGACCCUGGUGAUCCUGAGAAUCAACCGUGCAGCUACUUUCGUCAAGUGGUCCCCUCUCGAAAACAAAUUUGCAGUGGGGAGCGGGGCCCGGCUCAUUUCUGUUUGUUACUUCGAGUCAGAAAAUGACUGGUGGGUCAGCAAGCACAUCAAGAAACCCAUUCGCUCCACGGUGCUCAGCUUGGAUUGGCAUCCCAACAACGUCUUGCUGGCCGCAGGAUCGUGUGAUUUCAAAUGCAGAGUAUUUUCUGCCUACAUAAAAGAAGUGGACGAAAAGCCUGCCAGCACACCCUGGGGCAGCAAGAUGCCUUUUGGUCAGAUGAUGUCAGAGUUUGGUGGCAGUGGCACUGGUGGCUGGGUCCACGGGGUCAGCUUCUCUGCCAGUGGGAGCCGCCUGGCCUGGGUCAGCCAUGACAGCACUGUGUCCGUCGCAGAUGCCUCUAAAAGCAUACAGGUCUCCACUCUGAAGACGGAGUUCCUGCCCCUCCUGAGUGUGUCAUUUGUCUCAGAGAACAGCGUCGUAGCUGCUGGCCACGACUGCUGCCCUAUGCUCUUUAACUACGAUGAUCGCGGCUGCUUGAGCUUCGUCUCCAAGCUGGACAUCCCCAAACAGAGCAUCCAGCGGAACCUGUCCGCCAUGGAGCGCUUCCGCAACAUGGACAAGAGGGCCACGACCGAGGACCGCAACACCGCCCUGGAGACGCUGCACCAGAACAGCAUCACUCAAGUGUCGAUUUACGAAGUGGACAAGCAAGACUGUCGAAAAUUUUGCACUACUGGCAUUGAUGGAGCCAUGACCAUUUGGGAUUUCAAGACCUUAGAGUCUUCGGUCCAGGGCCUUCGGAUAAUGUGAACUGCGGGAGCAUCCCGGAUCAGCCCAUUUGCAUGCUGGCGCGGGAGAGCCAGCGCCCGAGACACUGCAGAAGCCGCGCAAAUCGUGUGUGUUUUUGUUUGAAUUUCAUUGGUGAAAGUGUUUUUUUAAAAAAACAGCAAUGAUUUGGGUUGUUUUCGUU